AUGUCCUGCCAGCAGAGCCAGAAGCAGUGCCAGCCUCCUCCCAAGUGCCCUUCCCCAAAGUGCUCCCCAAAGUGCCCCAAAAAGAGCACAGCACAGUGUCUGCCUGCAGCCUCUUCCUGCUGUGCUACAAGCUCUGGGGGCUGCAGUGUCCCCAGCUCUGAGGGAGGCUGCUGCCUGAGCCACCACAGGCGCAGGUCCCACAGAUGCAGGCGCAGGAGCUCCAGUUCCUGUGACCGUGGCAGUGGUCAGCAGUCUGGGGGUUCAGGCUGUGGCCACAGCUCUGGGGGCUGCUGCUGA